AUGACUUUUAAAAUAGCUGCUUGGAAUAUUAGAGGGUUGAAUGACCCUUCUAAACAUAGAGAGUUAAAAAAUUUUGUGGUUAAAGAAGAAAUUAAAGUCAUGGGUAUUUUGGAGACCAAAAUAAAAGCUGUAAAUGAAAAGAAAAUUUUCUCUUCUUGUUUAAAGAAUUGGUCAUUUUUGUCAAACUCACAACCUAAUGAAACUGGUAGAAUUUGUGUUUUUUGGGACUCCAAUUUUUGUAUGGUCAACCAGCUAUCUGCCUCUGACCAACAUAUUUUUUGUGAGAUUACUGAUUUCACUCAGGCCUCUAGUUUCCUUGCCUGUUUUGUGUAUGCUGAUAAUAACUACUCUGUGAGAAGGGUUUUUUGUGAAACCAUGGUUCGUUUAUCCCAUUCUCAGUCCAAUUGUCCCAUUGCCUUUUUAGGGGAUUUUAAUGCUACCAGAUACAGUCAUGAGAAAUUUGGAGGCUCUCAGAUUUGGAACUCUUCGAAGGAGGAAUUUAAUUCUUAUAUUAUUGCCUUUGAGCUUGAUGAUUUGUCCUACUCUGGCUGCCAAUUUACUUGGGCUAACAAGAGGGAUUGUGGGGAGUAUAUUGCCAUUAAAAUUGAUAGAGUUUUGGUUAAUGAGUCUUGGCUGGAUAAUUUUCCCAACUCUACUGCUUUUUUUCUACCUUCCACAAUCUCUGACCACUCUCCUGUUGUAGUGGUUGUUUCUGAUGCUGUCACCUCUUACAAGAAACCUUUUAAGUUCUUUAAUUUCUGGUCCAAGCAUAAGGACUUUCUUUCUCUGGUUUCUAACGAGUGGAGUCAGUAUAUUCAGGGUGUUCCCAUGUUCAGAGUCUGUCAAAAGCUUAGAAAUUUGAAACCUGGGUUGAGAGACCUUAACAAGAAAGAUUUUAGUGACAUAUCUACUAGAGUCCUUGUUGCUAAGUCAGACCUUGAAUCUGUUCAAUAUAAAUUGGACAAGGAUCCGAGCAAUCUGAUUUUGCAAAAUCUUGAGAGAACUAACUACAGGCGCAUUAUGUGGAUUUAUGUGCUGUGGAGGAGAGUCUUGCCCAUCAAAAGUCCAGGGUUGAUUGGUUGGGUCUGGGGGAUAGGAACACCAAAUUCUUUUUUAGAUCUGUUAAGAGCAAUAUUAACAGAAGCUAGAGUCUCUGUGGAACAAUCUAUAAAGCUUGGUAAUCCUGUCUCCGAUCAAGAGAUCAAAGAUGUUGUUUGGUCCCUUAAGGCUAAUAAAGCCCCUGGCCCGGAUGGUUUUACGGGUAGUUUUUUUAAGGCCUCGUGGGACAUUGUUGGGAAGGAAGUUACUCAAGCAAUUAGAACCUUUUUCCAGUCUGGUAAACUUCUCUCUGAGGUUAACAGCACUAUUAUUGCUCUCAUUCCUAAGGUUCCUAAUCCUUUGAGAGUGGGUGACUUUAGGCCUAUUUCUUGUUGCAACACAAUCUAUAAGUGCAUAGCCAAGAUUAUUGCUAACAGAAUUAAGGCUGUCCUCCCUGAUUUGAUUGACCCUGUUCAAUCUGUUUUUGUGCAAGGUAGGAGGAUCUCUGAUAAUAUUUUUUUGUCCCAAGAGCUUAUGAGAGGUUAUCAUCGUCAGCCCGUUACUCCUAAAUGUGCUCUGAAAGUUGACAUUAUGAAAGCCUACGAUACUGUUAGAUGGGAGUUUAUUAUUGAUGUCCUAAAGGCCAUGGCCUUUCCACCCUCUAUGAUUUCCUGGAUUAAGGAUUGUAUCACUAGUCCAUCGUUUUCCAUAUGUAUCAAUGGGAGCCUUCAUGGCUAUUUCAAGGGCGCAAGAGGCCUUAGGCAGGGAGACCCUUUGUCUCCUUAUUUGUUUGUCUUGGCUAUGGAAAUCCUGGCUAGAAUCCUUGCCGAGAAAUCCAAGCAUCAUCUUUUUAAAUUCCAUUGGAGAUGUGAGAAGACUAAGAUUGUUAAUUUGUGCUUUGCUGAUGAUUUAAUAAUAUUCAGCAAAGGGGAUGCAUCUAUUGUUCAGAUGAUUAUGCAUGGGCUUGAGGAGUUCAAGAAUCUUUCGGGUCUUACUCCUAGUGCUGCCAAGAGUAACAUAUUUUUCUGCGAGUGUGACUCUAGUCUUAGGGAGGAAAUUCUCAAGAUUACAAAUUUCAAGGAAGGUACCCUCCCUGUCAAGUACUUGGGUGUUCCCUUAAUCACCACUAAGUUGAGAGCAUUAGAUUGCCAGCAGCUUAUUGAUAGGAUCACUAACCGUAUUAAGAGUUGGACCAAUAAGGCCCUCUCUUAUGCUGGUAGAGCUCAGCUUAUUCAAACCAUCCUGUUCUCCAUGCAAGUCUAUUGGUCCUCGUUGUUCAUCCUCCCUAAGAAGGUUGUUAGAGAAAUUGAAAAUUUACUUAGAGCCUUUCUUUGGUCCGGGGUUGAUCUGAAGAAGCAUAGUGCGAAAAUUGCUUGGGAUAAGGUUUGUGCUCCCAAGUCUGAAGGUGGUCUGGGUUUUAAAUCUCUGGAGGUUUGGAAUAGAGCUGCUAUUGCCAAACAUAUUUGGUUCCUUUUCUCGGGGGGUGAGAAGUCGAUGUGGUGCCAAUGGGUUAAAUCUUACUUACUCAAAGGCAAAAGUUUUUGGAAAGUCCCUGUUCCUAGUGACCCUUCUUGGGUCUGGAGGAAGAUUCUUUCUCUUAGGAAGUCUAUAUUUCCUCUCAUUGUCCACAAAAUUGGGAAUGGUAAUGCUACCUUUUUGUGGCAUGAUAAUUGGCAUCCGGUGGGCUCUAUUUGGGACAAAUUUGGGAAUAGGAUUAUCUAUGAUUCUGGUCUCUCUGGGGAGGCUAAAGUGAGCAAUAUUGUUAAUGGGGAUUCCUGGAACUGGCCUUUUCCCAACUCUUGGGAGAUGAGAGACCUUAUAUCGUUGACCCCCCCUUCUUUUAAACCCAGAUCUUCGAGUAAUGAUACUCCUAUUUGGACUCUUACUCAAGAUGGUAUAUUCUCCAUCCAAUCUGCUUGGAACCACUGGAGAGAUAAACAUGAUAAGGUUUGGGAUGCUAUUAAAGUUAAGUGUAAUGUAAAGUGGCCUGACAUUUUUUGGCCUGAUAUUGUUCAUGUUGCUAUGAAGGAGAGUCUGGGUAAAUCUUUGAGAGCCAUUACUACUAGACUGGCUCUGCUGUGUACUGUUUAUCAUGUUUGGAUUGAAAGAAAUAACAGAAUUUUUAAUAAGGAAAUGAAACCUGAAGAAGUUGUUAUCAAGUCAAUUGUUCAAAUGAUUAGAGGCAGGCUAAUGUCAUUAAACAAUUUGCCUAGAUAUGCAGGUGAUGAAUGGUUCUUAAAGCAAUGGAAUUUGACUGAUUCCAUUCUGAAGCCCCAUACUGUUCGUAUUGGGAGGGCUGCUGAGUGA